CGGCUUUUCUGUAACUUAGCAACCCAAAGAAGUGCAUUGUGGGCUUAAGGGACUAGGCCUCGAAGAGGGGCCUCGGCUGAAGGGAAGUUUACCUUUUUCGGGUAACGAAGCAGGCGCGUUAAACUGAUAAUUUGGAAACACUAGGAUAUCGGGGGAAUUCCCAUGUUUCUUAGGCUACAAUGAUGAAAAACGUCCACCUGGCCCCUGAAGCAGAUGAAGAUGAUCUUUAUUCUGGAUACAAUGACUACAACCCUACCUUUGAUACAGAGGAUCUAGAAAAUGACCCAGCUUUUCAACAGGCUGUGAAAACUAGUCAUGGUAGAAGACCUCCAUUUACAGCCAAAGUUCCAGGUACAUCCAGUUCAAGAACUUUAGCUACUGGAUAUGGGUCAAAGACAACACUCUCUUCAUCCAUUGGCAGACCAGUGACAGCAGCAGUACAGGAUGGGGUUGCUCGACCUAUGACAGCAGUUCAGGCAGCAGGUUACACAAAAGCAUCUUCAAGAGGUGCUGCAUUUGAUCCUCUUGGUCAAUCUAGGGGACCAGCUCCUCCUCUAGAAACAAAAAAUGAAGAUAGUCCAGAAGGAAAAAUUAAACAAUUGGAGAAAAAAGUAAAUGAGUUAGUCGAAGAAAGCUCUAUUGCUCAUAGCUGUGGAGAUUUAAAACUGGCUCUUGAGAAGGCAAAAGAUGCUGGAAGAAAAGAAAGAGCAUUAGUGAGGCAGCGUGAACAGACAAUGUCUCCUGCUAACAUCAAUCUAGAUCUUACUUACACUGUGCUUUUCAAUUUGGCUAGCCAGUAUUCUGCUAACGAAAUGUAUGCAGAAGCACUAAAUACCUAUCAGGUCAUAGUGAAAAACAAGAUGUUUGUUAAUGGAGGCAUGCUGAAGGUGAACAUGGCAAAUAUUUAUUUGAAACAGAGAAACUAUUCAAAAGCGAUCAAAUUUUACCGAAUGGCUCUAGAUCAGAUUGCAAGUGUCCAUAAAGAGAUGAGGAUUAAAAUAAUGCAGAACAUCGGAAUUGCAUUUAUUAAAACUGGCCAAUAUACUGAUGCCAUUAGUUCAUUUGAGCAUAUUAUGAGCACUUCGCCAAACCUGAAAGCAGGCUUCAAUUUGAUCCUUUGCUAUUUUGCUACUGGAGACAGAGACCAAAUGAAAAAAGCUUUCCAAAAAUUAAUUGCUGUUCCAUUGGAUAUUGAUGAUGAUGACAAGUAUAUUUCACAAGGGGAUGAUGCACAUACAAACCUAUUGAUAGAGGCAAUUAAAAAUGAUAGCUUACGGCAAAUGGAACGUGAAAGGAAAGCUACAGCAGAAAAAUAUAUAAUGACAGCUGCUAAAUUAAUUGCUCCAGCAAUUGAAACAUCAUUUGCAGUUGGCUAUGACUGGUGUGUAGACGUAGUGAAAACUUCCCAGUACGUGGAAUUAGCCAAUGACCUGGAAAUUAAUAAAGCAAUUACAUAUUUGCGGCAAAAAGAUUUUAAUCAGGCUGUGGAGACAUUAAAGAUGUUUGAGAAAAAAGACAGCAGAGUCAAAAGUGCAGCUGCAACAAAUCUUUCUUUUCUUUAUUUCUUGGAAAAUGAAGUUACCCAGGCCAGCAAUUAUGCAGAUUUAGCUGUAAAUUCUGAUAGAUACAAUCCAGCUGCUCUCACAAAUAAAGGAAAUACAAUUUUUGUAAAUGGAGACUAUGAGAAGGCAGCAGAGUUUUAUAAGGAAGCUUUAAGGAAUGAUUCUUCUUGCACUGAAGCACUUUAUAAUAUUGGUUUAACAUUAAAAAAACUGAACAGAUUAGAUGAAGCAUUGGAUUCUUUUCUGAAGCUACACGCUAUCCUUCGAAAUAGCGCCCAGGUUCUUUUCCAGAUAGCAAGCAUAUAUGAAUUAAUGGAGGAUCCAAAUCAGGCAAUUGAGUGGCUUAUGCAGCUCAUCAGUGUUGUUCCAACAGAUUCACAUGCAUUAGCAAAGCUUGGGGAACUCUAUGAUACUGAAGGUGAUAAGUCACAAGCUUUUCAAUAUUAUUUCGAGUCCUAUCGGUAUUUCCCUUCAAACAUUGAGGUCAUUGAAUGGCUUGGAGCCUAUUACAUUGACACACAAUUUUGUGAAAAAGCAAUUCACUACUUUGAAAGAGCAGCACUUAUUCAACCAACUCAGGUGAAGUGGCAAUUGAUGGUCGCUAGUUGCUACAGAAGAAGUGGUAACUACCAAAAAGCUCUUGAUACCUACAAGAUGAUUCACAGAAAAUUUCCAGAUAAUGCUGAAUGUUUACGUUUCUUGGUCCGACUAUGCACAGACAUGGGCUUAAAGGAAACCCAAGAAUAUGCAACUAAGCUUAAGAGAGUGGAAAAACUGAAAGAAAUAAGGGAACAGCGUGUCAAGUCUGGCAGAGAUGGCAGUGCUCGCGCUCGCAGAGAUGGCAGUGCUAGUGGUGCUGCCCUCUCUCCUGAAAGUGGGCAUAAUUCAGUCCCCAAAGUGGUAAGAGAUCCUGGUAGCAUUACUGUUAAAGGGGAACGUCUGAAUGCUAAACUGAUGUCUUUGCCAGGGACAAAUGAGCCGUAUGAAAGCAGUGUUAGUAAAGAAAUAGAUGCCUCCUAUCUGGACCCACUUGGACCCCAAGCUGAGAGACCAAAAACUGCACUAAGGAAAAAAGUGGAUGAAGAUGAAUUUGCGGAUGAAGACCUAGGAGAUGAUUUGCUUCCUGAAUAAGUAGCCUGUUGCUGUUGUUAAAAAAUGAAAAAAGGAAAGAAAGCAAUUUCUAACUGUUUUUUUUAAGUUUAUGAAAAUUCCUGUAUUUAUUUUAGCACUGUUUAAUCCAACUACAGAUUUUGAGUAAACAUUUUUUAUAGUAAGAGCUU